AUGCUUCUGUGCAGUAAAAAUUCUGAAGAAACCUACCAUAAUGUAAUAAACACAUUGUUAGAUGAUAUUAAGAAUUUCCAAGUAGAUGAGAAAUAUUAUUUCCUUAUAAAACAAAAACAAUUAGAAUCUCCGUUUUUUUCAUUAUGUAAAAUCAAUUUCAGAGAUGAUCCCAUAAUAAUUAAUACAAAUAAUGAUACCAAAGAAGAUGAAGCGUUUAACUUAAUAUUUCAUAAUAAAAAAAUAUUAGAUAAGAAAAAAAAAAAAAAACAAAAAGAAGAGGGACUAAUAAAAAAUUUAACAACAUGUGAUAAUAUUAUUCAAGAUGAAGAAUUUAUAGAUAAGUUGUCAAGUUUAUUAAAAUUAAAUCAUGAUACAAAUAUAAUUAUUGAAAAUAAGAAAAAUUUUGAUACAUUAUAUAAAUAUUAUUCAUUUUAUGAUGAUACAUUUAAUACAAGUUGUUUUUAUAUACAGGAUGAUUAUGAUCUUUUCUUAAGCAAACAUGUUAACGGCUUAUAUAUUUUAUCUAUUAGUAAAUAUAGUAAUAUAUUAAAAAAUAUUUUAAGUGACCUUAUAAAUAUGAAUAAUGAUAAAUAUAAUUUAAAAGAUUUGAUUAAACAAUAUGUACAAAUUAUAUUUGACCCUAGAUUAAUUAAUGCUGAUACGUCAGGAAAAAGAAAAACAAAAACAAUAUUCAUAAAUGAUGACAUGACUAUACUAAAUAUUAUUUAUAAAAAUAAUAUUUAUAAAAUUAAAUCAAAAAUUAAAGGAUAUUAUUAUGAUAUUAAUCAAAAUAUUGUUCACAAUCCUUAUUUGCUAUUCUAUAAUACACAAGAUGAAGGAUGGUUAAUUAUCGUAAAAAAUAAAAAUACGGAUCUAACCAAAUUUGUUGAAGCAACGGAUUAUUACAAUAAAAAAAAAUUAUGUAUUGAACAAUAUGAUGAACUUAUAAAAAAAAUGAAAUAA